GAGUUAAUGGGAGAAGGGGACCCGGGUCGCUCUCCACUAAACCAAUCUGCAUGUGUGGUGAUCCCUGGUUCUGUGGGUGAUCCUUAGUCACGAUGAAUGACUAGAAAACUCAGCUCUCCCCGGGAAAUGGCUUGUUUUGUGAUAUCCCUACCACCCAACCACCUGGCGUACGCCUGCAGCUGCUUGUGAAGCCUCUCAGCUGUUUAUGGGAGCUACAACUGUGUUUGCACUCUUGAGGAUUUAAACUUUUUUUUUUUUUUUUUUUUUUUUCCUCCCUUCUUCAAGACACCAAUUUUUUUUUUUUUUUUUUUCUAUUUUUAACCCCCACUGUCGAGCCAAAGCAGCAGCGCUUUGUGGAAGACCGGGGAGCACCAAGACAAUGGCUAACAACUCGUACAGUGGGGUGAAGAACUCCCUGGUGGAGGCCAACCACGAUGCAGAGUUUGGCUGCUCGCUCAAAGAACUGCGCUCCUUAAUGGAACUGAGAGGCGCCGAGGCGUUAACUAAAAUCGGGGAAUCUUACGGGGACGUUCAAGGACUCUGCAACCGGCUAAAAACAUCACCUAUAGAUGGUCUAAGUGGACAGCCUGCUGACAUCGAGAAGCGGAAAACAGCAUUUGGGGAAAAUUUAAUACCCCCCAAAAAAGCUAAAACUUUCUUACAAUUAGUGUGGGAGGCACUACAGGAUGUCACGCUGAUUAUAUUAGAAGUGGCAGCCAUAGUUUCACUAGGCCUUUCUUUUUAUAAACCACCGGGCGGAGAAAAAGAAAAUUGUGGACGAGCCGCGGGUGGAGCGGAGGACGAGAACGAGGCGGAGGCGGGCUGGAUCGAGGGCGCCGCCAUCCUGCUCUCGGUCGUCUGCGUGGUGCUGGUGACGGCGUUCAACGACUGGAGCAAAGAGAAGCAGUUCCGGGGCCUCCAGAGCCGCAUCGAGCAGGAGCAGAAAUUCACUGUCGUCCGCGCGGGACAAGUUAUCCAAAUUCCUGUGGCCGAAAUAGUGGUCGGGGACGUUGCACAAAUAAAAUAUGGUGACCUCUUGCCCUCCGACGGCGUUUUAAUCCAAGGCAACGAUCUCAAGAUCGAUGAGAGUUCACUCACGGGGGAGUCGGACCAUGUCAAGAAAACGCAAGAAAAGGAUCCCAUGCUGUUAUCAGGCACUCACGUAAUGGAGGGCUCAGGGAAAAUGCUGGUCACUGCUGUGGGUGUCAACUCUCAAACUGGAAUUAUCUUCACUUUACUCGGGGCGGGAGAGGACGACGGCGAUGAGGAUGAGGAGGAGAAGAAAAAGGAAAAAGAGGAGAAGAAGAAACAGAGAAAAAACAAGAAGCAGGACGCAUCUGUAGAAAACCGUAAGAAAGCCAAAGCGCAGGACGGCGCCGCCAUGGAGAUGCAGCCCCUGAACAGCGACGAGGGCGGCGACGCGGAGGAGAAGAAGAAGGCCAACCUGCCAAAGAAGGAGAAGUCCGUCCUCCAAGGCAAACUGACCAAACUCGCUGUGCAGAUUGGAAAAGCGGGGCUGGUGAUGUCGGCCAUCACCGUCAUCAUCCUGGUGGUUCUGUUCGUGGUCGACACCUUCUGGAUCCAGAACCUGCCCUGGAUCAAGGACUGCACCCCCAUCUACAUCCAGUUCUUCGUCAAGUUCUUCAUCAUCGGCGUCACCGUUCUGGUGGUGGCCGUUCCUGAAGGCCUGCCCCUCGCCGUCACCAUCUCGCUGGCAUACUCCGUCAAGAAAAUGAUGAAAGACAACAACCUGGUGCGUCACUUGGACGCGUGUGAGACGAUGGGCAACGCCACGGCCAUCUGCUCCGACAAGACCGGCACCCUCACCAUGAACCGCAUGACGGUGGUCCAGGCCUUCGUGGCCGAGAAACAUCACAGGAAAGUCCCCGAGCCGGAGAACAUCCCGCCCUCCAUCCUGGACAUCCUGAUCCUCGGCAUCGCCGUCAACUGCGCCUACACCACCAAGAUCAUGCCUCCAGAGAAAGAGGGCGGUCUGCCGCGGCAGGUGGGCAACAAGACGGAGUGUGCCCUGCUCGGCUUCUCCUCGGACCUGAAGCGCGACUACCAGGCCAUCCGCAACGAGAUCCCCGAGGAGAAGCUCUACAAGGUCUACACCUUCAACUCGGUGCGCAAGUCCAUGAGCACCGUGCUGAAGAUGGCCGACGGAAGCUACCGCAUGUUCAGCAAAGGAGCCUCGGAAAUCCUCCUGAAGAAGUGCUACAAGAUCCUGACGGCCAGCGGGGAGGCCAAGGUGUUCCGGCCGCGGGACCGGGACGACAUGGUGAAGAAGGUGAUCGAGCCCAUGGCGUCCGAGGGCCUGAGGACCAUCUGCCUGGCGUACCGGGACUUCCCCACCGCCGAGGGCGAGCCCGACUGGGACAACGAGAACGACAUCCUCAGCGGGCUGACGUGCCUCUGCGUGGUGGGAAUCGAGGACCCUGUGAGGCCUGAGGUCCCUGAUGCGAUCAGGAAGUGCCAGCGCGCCGGCAUCACGGUGCGGAUGGUGACCGGGGACAACAUCAACACGGCCCGGGCCAUCGCCACCAAGUGCGGCAUCCUCCAGCCCGGAGACGACUUCCUCUGCGUGGAGGGGAAAGAGUUCAACCGCCGGAUACGCAACGAGAAAGGAGAGAUUGAACAAGAACGCAUCGAUAAGAUCUGGCCCAAACUCCGAGUCCUGGCUCGCUCCUCCCCCACGGACAAGCACACCCUAGUGAAAGGUAUUAUUGACAGCACGGUGAUCGAGCAGAGGCAGGUCGUCGCGGUGACGGGAGACGGUACGAAUGACGGCCCUGCCCUGAAGAAAGCAGACGUCGGCUUUGCCAUGGGCAUCGCGGGGACGGACGUGGCCAAGGAGGCGUCCGACAUCAUCCUCACCGACGACAACUUCUCCAGCAUCGUGAAGGCCGUCAUGUGGGGACGGAACGUCUACGACAGCAUCUCCAAGUUCCUCCAGUUCCAGCUCACCGUCAACGUGGUGGCCGUCAUCGUGGCGUUUACGGGAGCCUGCAUCACACAGGACUCCCCCCUGAAGGCGGUGCAGAUGCUGUGGGUGAACCUGAUCAUGGACACGUUUGCGUCUCUGGCCCUGGCCACGGAGCCGCCCACCGAGUCGCUGCUGCUCAGGAAGCCGUACGGCCGCAACAAACCGCUCAUCUCCCGCACCAUGAUGAAGAACAUCCUGGGCCAGGGCGUGUACCAGCUCACCAUCAUCUUCACGCUGCUCUUCGCUGGGGAGAAGAUUUUUGACAUCGACAGCGGCAGGAACGCCCCCCUGCACUCCCCGCCCUCCGAACACUACACCAUCGUCUUCAACACCUUCGUCAUGAUGCAGCUUUUCAACGAGAUCAACGCGCGUAAGAUCCACGGAGAGAGGAACGUGUUCGAGGGAAUCUUCAACAACCUGAUCUUCUGCAGCAUCGUCUUUGGAACCUUUAUCAUUCAGAUCGUCAUCGUGCAGUUUGGGGGGAAGCCGUUCAGCUGCGUGGCUCUGACCGUCGACCAGUGGCUCUGGUGCACCUUCCUGGGCUUCGGCUCUCUGCUGUGGGGACAGGUCAUCUCCUCAAUCCCCACCAGCCGCCUGAAGUUCCUGAAGACGGCGGGCCACGGCACCCAGAAGGAGGAGAUCCCCGACGAGGAGCUGGAGGAGCUGGACGACAUGGACGAGAUCGACCACGCCGAGCGGGAGCUCCGCCGGGGCCAGAUCCUCUGGUUCCGAGGCCUGAACCGCAUCCAGACUCAGAUGGAUGUAGUGAGUGCGUUCCAGAGUGGAACUUCCUUUCAGGGGGCUCUGAGGCGGCAGGCCUCCAACUCCAGCCAGCAGCAGCACGAUAUCCGGGUGGUGAAAGCAUUCCGCAGCUCCAUCUCCCUCUAUGAGGGCCUGGAGAAGCCCGAGUCCCGCUCGUCCAUCCACAACUUCAUGACCCACCCGGAGUUCCGGAUAGAGGACUCGGAGCCGCACAUCCCCCUGAUCGACGACACCGACGCGGAGGACGACGCUCCCACCAAGCGGAAUUCAGUCAGCCCGCGCAACGCCUCGCCCACGCCGCCCUCGCCCUCCCCGUCCCCCACGCCCGGAAACAACCCCGGUAACCACGGCAACAACACCCCCGCCCCCACCGCCGCCUCCCCGAACCAGAACAAUAACGCUGUGGAGAGCAGCAACCACCUCCUCCCGGACGGGCCCAAAUCAGGGAGCCCGUCCGCCCCGGGGAGCCCGCUACACAGCCUGGAGACGUCCCUCUGAUUCUGACCCGCCCCUCCCCCAACGCCCAUAAAACGCAGCAGCUUUUCCACCCGCCACCACGGAGCACGGAGCUCAGCUCGGACUAACCGGAACGGACACUCGGAGAGGAGAGACGGAGUCUUGUGUGGGGACAUCCAGAGGAAUGUACGGCUUGGUGUGGAUUCUUUGGUCCUUUUUUUUUAUUAUUUUAGUUGUUGUUCUUUAUUAAUACCCUGCUGCAACACAAGAACUCUCACCUCUCCCUCCUUGGUAACAUUUUUUUUUUUUUUUUUUUUUUUCUCUUGGUAACAAGGGGUGACGAUACACCUGGAUUUGAAAGUGACCUGUUUUUAUCUUAUUAUUAUUAUUAUUAUUAUUGCUCUUAUUUUAAUUGAAGGCUUGAAGAUCGUCUGUAAGAUUAAUAAUGAACCUUUUAGCUUCUCUUUUAUCUGAAGGGGUGUUGUAUAUUUGUUUCUUCGGCCCCUCGCUCAUUUCAAAAACAUAUUUCUGCUCCAUCGGCUGUUAAUAUUUUGAGUUAUUUAUGUUUUUUGGAAAAAAAGCAGGUCUGUUUACAAAGUUUGUAGAUACUUUUUUUCCUGUUUGUAGGCAAAAGAGCUUCCUGAUGUCUAAAUGCAGAAAACUGGGACAGAAUUUAAAAAGAGAGAGCGAGAGAGAAAAGAGAGAAAGAGGACUAUUUCAGAUACUGCUGUAUUUUCAGGAAAAAAAGGGUGUUUCUAUUGAAACUUAACUAUUUUUGCCUGCAAGUUUUAUUUGUUAUAUAUUUGUAGAUAAAUAUAGAACCUUCUAGCCAAACUGAAACACUAAGGCUAGUUUAGAGAAGAGGGAAAACGACAUCAACGGCCUCUGUUCACUAACAUCGCUAUAAAUAUUUACUACUUCCAUUUCUUCGAUAGUUUUCAUGUGCACAAAACCUUCUGGAGUUCUGGAUUCUCUUUUUAUUCAUUACGUUGUGUUCAAGAAUUUCCACAUGUUGAAAGGUUAAAUUAUUAAAAGGGACUUUUAGUAAAAAAGAAUCCGGGCCGAUUUAUUUAUCAAGCAUCCGAGACCUUCGCCCCCUAAAAA